AUGGCGGCGGCGGCGGCGGGUCCGGGCCGCGGCGGCAGCUGGGGCCGGAGCCGGGGCGCCGUGCUGCUGCUCUUCUUCUCGCUGUCGCCGCGGCCGCCGGCCGGAGCCGCCUGGCUGCUGGGACUGCGGCCCGAGGACACGACGCCGGGCCGGGUGUCUCUGGAGGGCGGCGCGGUGCAGGCGGCGGAGGGCAGCCGCUUCCUCCUGCGCCUCUACUUCCAGCCGCCGCCCGAGGGCAACGGCAGCCGCGGGCCGGCGGGGGAGCGGGAGCCGCGGCUGGUCUUCAUCGAAGAGGCGGCGGCGGGGAGCACGGCGACGCGGGGCCCGGCGGAGCGGUGCCGGGAGCGCAGCGCCUGGGCCUCGGACGUGGAGGUGGUGGGGCCGCUGCGCUCGGGCGGCGCGGCGGGCUCGGCGCUGGCCGAGGUGCGGGUGCGGGAGCCGCGCAAGGGCGAGGCGGCGGCGGCGCCGGGCGGGCGGCUCUUCUCGCUGUGCGCCUGGGACGGGCGGGCCUGGGCGCACCACGGUGCGGCGGGAGGCUUCUUGCUGCGGGUGCAGCCGGCCGCCCCGCCGCUCGGCACUUGGCUGCUGCCGCUGCCGGAGGCGGGCUGGCUGCGGGCGCUGGGCGCCCUUCUGCUUCUGGGGCUGUCGGCGCUGUUCAGCGGGCUGCGCCUCUCGCUGCUGUCGCUGGACCCGCUGGAGCUCCGCGUCCUGCGCAACAGCGGCUCGGCCGCCGAGCGGGAGCAGGCGCGGCGGGUGCAGGCGGUGCGCGGCGGCGGCGGCACCUACCUGCUGUGCACGCUUCUGCUGGGGCAGGCGGGGGCCAACGCGGCGCUGGCCGGCUGGCUCUGCGCCUCCCUGCCCGGCGGCGGGCCGGCGGCGGCGGCCGGCGGGACGCGGGGAGCGCCCUGGCUGCCGGUGCUCUUGUGCACCGCCGCCGUCUUCCUGGGCGGCGAGGUGCUGCCCUACUCGGUGUGCUCGCGGCACGGGCUGGCCAUCGCCUCCCGCACGCUCUGCCUCACCCGGCUGCUGAUGCUGGCCACCUUCCCCCUCUGCUACCCGCUCAGCCGGUUGCUGGACUGGGCGCUGAGGCAGGAGCUCAGCGUCUUCUCUACGCGGGAGCGGCUGCUGGAGACGCUGCGCGCCGCUGGCCCCCACGGCGACCUGGUGCGGGAGGAGCUGGCCAUGGUGCAGGGCGCGCUGGAGCUGCGCACCAAGGUGGUGGAAGAUGUGCUGACACCGCUGGCCGACUGCUUCAUGCUCCGGGCCGAUGCUGUGCUGGACUUCGCCACCGUCUCUGAGAUCCUCCGAUCUGGCUACACCCGCAUCCCGGUCUAUGAGGGUGACCGGCGAGACAACAUUGUCGACCUGCUCUUUGUCAAAGACCUGGCCUUUGUCGACCCUGAUGACUGCACUCCCCUGCAGACUGUCACCCGCUUCUACCGCCGCCCGCUCCACUGCGUCUUCAAUGACACACGCCUCGACACGCUGCUUGAGGAGUUCAAGAAGGGAAAGUCCCACCUGGCCAUCGUGCAGCGGGUGAACAAUGAAGGGGAAGGUGACCCGUUCUACGAGGUGAUGGGCAUUGUCACCCUGGAAGAUGUCAUUGAGGAGAUCAUCAAGUCCGAGAUCCUGGAUGAGACGGAUCUGUACACUGACAAUCGGAAGAAGGAGCGGGUUCCCCACCGGGGACGCAAGCCCCAGGAUUUCUCCAUCUUCAGGCUCUCAGAAAGUGAGAUGAAGGUGAAGAUCUCCCCGCAGCUCCUCCUGGCUACCCACCGGUUCAUGGCAACAGAAGUGGAGCCUUUCAAGUCCCCCUACCUCUCUGAGAAGAUCCUGCUGCGCCUCUUGAAACACCCCAAUGUCAUCCAGGAGCUCAAGUAUGACCGAAAGAACAAGAAGGCAGCGGAGCAUUACCUCUACCAGCGCAACCGUCCUGUCGACUACUUUGUCCUCAUCUUGCAGGGGAAGGUGCAGGUGGAGGUCGGCAAGGAAGGGCUGCGGUUUGAGAAUGGGGCGUUCACCUACUAUGGUGUCCCUGCCAUCAUGGCUGUCGUCUCCUCAGAAAAUGAUGUGCGAAAAAUGGGAAGCCUGGCAGGAUCCUCCUUCCUACUGCCUGUCUCAGUGUCCCGUACUUUCGCCUUCAGCAGAGGGGACUCUCUGGCUGGCUCUCCAGUGAACAGGUCACCGUCGCGCUGCAGCGGCCUCAACCGCUCUGAGUCCCCCAACCGGGAGGACUAUGGAGGCAGCAGCACACAGCUCCACAGCAGCAGCAACAACAUCUACACGCCCGACUACUCUGUGCACAUCCUCUGCGACGUGCAGUUCGUCAAGGUGACCCGGCAGCAGUACCACAACGCACUGGUGGCCAGCCGGAUGGACAGCUCACCCCAGUCCCCCGACAUGGAGGCCUUCGACAGGGAUUCAACCAAGGCCUCAACUGCGCGGGGAACCCCACAGACACCCAAGGAGGACCCUGCCACCCUCCUGAAUGAGAAGAACAGCAUCAUCCGCAAUGAGGGGCUGCGCAGUCCCAGCGAGUCAGUGUUCCUGCGCAUGGAGGGCAUCCCCUUCAUCCAGGAGGAGCUGGCUGACAACGAGGAGAGCAGCAAUCGGCAGAACAGUGAGUGCUGCGGGACCGUCCAGGAAGCGGAGUCCCCGGGCAGAGAUGUCGGGACCAGCUCGUCACUGAGCAGCUCUGAGGAGACGCUGGGCAAGAGGCUGCUGAGAUCCCUCAGUGGGCGCAAGCAAAGGACAUCAUCGGAAGGUGAGAAGUCACCAGAGGAAAGCUCCAAUCUCGCCCCAUUAAUCACCUGA